AUGGUCCGCUACGCAGCCACCUCGAUCGACAACGCAAAGUCCGCCAGGGCUCGCGGCAGCUACCUCCGCACCUCGUUCAAGAACACCCGCGAGACUGCCCAGUCUAUCAACGGAUGGCGCCUUGAGCGUGCCCUUACCUUCCUCGGCAAUGUCAUCGAGCACAAGGAGGCCGUUCCCAUGAGGCGGUACGCUGGCAGCACCGGCCGCACUGCGCAGGGCAAGGCUUUCGGCGUCUCCAAGGCCCGCUGGCCCGUCAAGAGCGCCGAGUUCGUUCUUGGUCUGCUCAAGAACGCUGAGGCCAACGCCGACACCAAGGGUCUCGACACCAGCAACUUGAUCGUCAAGCACAUCCAGGUCAACCAGGCCCCCAAGCAGCGAAGGCGCACAUACCGCGCUCACGGUCGUAUCAACCCCUACAUGUCGAACCCUUGCCACAUCGAGCUCAUCCUUACCGAGGCCAACGAGACUGUUCAGAAGUCCGAGCAGGUCGCUCACCGCCUAAACACCAGGCAGCAGGGUCGUGCGACCCGCCGGGCCAUCACCGCCGCGUAG